UUACCUGAUUAUACCAAAGGUAUAUUCCAAUCAAUUGGUUUCAAGGAGUUCCACAACUAUUUGAUUUUGCCAGAAACAGAGAAAAGUAGUGAAAAGGGAAAAACUCUUCUUCGGCAAGGAAUUUCAGACCUCAAAUUGGUAACGAGAAGAUAUGCUCGACGACAACAAAAAUGGAUAAUGAAUCGUUUCAUAAAACGGAUUGAUCGACAAGUACCUCCCAUAUAUGAUUUGGAUUGCACCAAUAUUGAGGAAUGGAAUUCUAAAGUCCUAGAAUCAGCUGUUGAAAUUAUAAAUGCCAAGUUAAGAGGUGAUGUACCUACUCAAAAGCCUCUUAAUGGAAGUAGCCUGAAUGAAAAGUUUUCGGAUAGCAGUAACGAAGAAAGUCAUUGGUGUGAGAUUUGUCAAAAAAUAUUGAUUGGAGACUUGCAGUGGAAGUCUCACAAAAACGGUGCCAAACACAAAAAAAUGGAAAUAAAGAAACGGAAAGUUAUGUCUCAUCAUAUCAAUGAAAAUAAAAUUUCUUUCAUAUUUUAA